UGUACAUUUAUAUAAUUUAAUUAGUCAGCUUUUCGUUAUUCUCACAAACCCCCUGCAGUUCCUUCACGAACCCCAGUUUUAAAGUCUGCGUGAACUAGAAGCUGUAAUUAACUUUACUCUAGUAUUGUGAUUCAGAUAUUGACUUCAAGAACACAAAUAACAAAUAUUUUUGGGUUUCAGCUUGAGUGGCAUGUCAGCGGGCUAACAACUGGACAUCAGUCUGUGUAGGAUUAGGUACAAAUAUCCCACACAUCACUGAUUCAUAGACAUAAUCAAUGCAGAAAAAUAAACACGACCGAUUGGUCUUGAGUUGCAGACAUACCUGUUUUGCACACGUCACUCAAACACUGGAAACAGGAAACACGUGUGUUCAGGGAAAGAGAAACUGAAGUGUAGUCAAGCUGUUUGUGUCUCUGUAUUCAUGCAGUAAAAUGGCAGAAGCCAGAGUUUCUCAGAAUGAGUUCUUGUGUCCCUUGUGUCUGGAUCUCCUGAAGGAUCCAGUGACCAUCCAGUGUGGACACAGUUACUGUAUGAGCUGCAUUACAGACUGCUGGGAUCAGGAGGAACAGAAGAGAGUCUGUAGCUGCCCUCAGUGCAGAAAGACCUUCAGGCCAAGACCUGUUUUAUUUAAGAACGUGGUGUUUGCUGGAGUGGUGGAGAAACUGAAGAAGAGGAAACUUCCUCCUGACUGUGACGCUGGAGCUGGAGAUGUUCAGUGUGACGUCUGUACUGGAAGAAAACACAAAGCCGCCAAGUCCUGUCUGAUGUGUCUGAACUCGUACUGUCAGAAUCACCUGGAGCAACAUGAGAGUUUGUUUAAAGGAAAGAGACACAAUCUGACAGAAGCCACUGGACGACUGCAGGAGAUGAUCUGCCAGAAACAUGAGAAGCUCCUUGAGGUUUUCUGUCGCACUGAUCAGAAGUGUAUAUGUGUGCUGUGUAUGGAUGAACAUAAAAACCACGACACUGUAUCAGCUGCAGCACAGAGGACAGAGAAACAGAUGCAGCUGAAAGAGACGCAGAAGACGUUCCAGCAGAGAAUCCAGCAGAAUGAGAAAGAUCUUCAGAAGCUGAGAGAGUCUGUGGAGUCUCAUAAGCACUCUGCACAGACAGCAGGGGAGGACAGUGAGACGAUCUUUACUGAGCUCAUCGGCUCCAUUGAGAGAAGCCGCUCUGAGCUGAUACGACUGAUCAGAGAUCAGGAAAAGACUGCAGUGAGUCGAGCUGAAGAACGACUGGAGCGACUGGAGCAGGAGAUCAAUGAUCUGAGGAGGAGAGACGCUGAGCUGGAGCAGCUUUCACACACACAGGAUCACAUCCAGUUCCUGCAGAGUUUCCAGUCUCUCUCAGCACCUCCUGAAUCUACAGACGUAAAUGAUGAUCUCUUCAGUUCUCUCAACUCUUCUGAUGCUCUGAGAGAAUCUGUCCAUAGUGGCAUGACACAAUCUUUUAGUGGCUCCAUGCACACCGAAUAA